AUGUCGGACAUAGUCAGCAUGGAGGACAAGAAUUCCUGUUGUGAAAGAAAUGAGCAAGCUAAUGAAGGAAUCAAGCAAGAGAAACAACCAUGUCACUCACUUACAGUCGUCCAGGAACAGAAAACACAAGUCAAGACGGAGGCUUGCUCUAAUGACCAGCGUAUCAAGUUGCCAGAUUGUAGACUUGCAGCGACAGUUAUAGAGAACCCCUUUUUAAUGACCAUAUUUGGAUCGGCUGUGAUCAAGGUGGAGCCAAGUGAAGAUAACUCUCAAGAUCUGGAUAGUUGUUUGCAGGUACAUUUCCAUGACAACAGUGCUGCAGGUCUGGGCACACAGGGCAGGAUAACUGGUGGGAUCAAGAGGAAACUCUCGGAGGUGAGAGAUGGUCCAGCAUCUAACAAAAACACUCCUCAGACAAUUCAAACAA